AUGGUAUGCCUCAACUGGUCUCCCUCUACCAAUUGCUGCCAUUGGCAAGGCAUAGCUUGUACAUCCCGCAACGGCGCUCCUCGUGUCACUCAUCUUUGGCUACCGGAAAAAAAUCUCUCUGCCACCUCCCUCACUCUACCAAACCUUCCUUUCCUAGCCCACAUAAACCUCUCCCACAACCAUCUCUCCGGCCUCCUCCCCUCUCUCCCUCCUCGCCUCCUCACUCUCGACUUGAGCUUCAACUCCCUCUUCGGCCCACUCAUCCGCACUUUCCCCAUCACCAUCCACACUCUAGACCUCUCAAGCAACCAUUUCAAUGGCUCCUUUGAUCCCACCUAUCUUCUCCCUCAACCAUCCAAUUUACUCAUCUUCAACAUCAGCAACAAUAGUUUCACCUCCUCCAGUCCUUCAUCAAUUUGCAACAUCUCCCCACUCAUCAAAAUCUUGGAUUUCUCCAUGAAUAAAUUCAUUGGUCCAUUAUCUCCUUCCCUCACCAAAUGCUCAAACCUUCAAGUUUUCAGAGCAGGCUCCAACUCCCUCUCCGGUCCACUGCCACGCGACCUUUACACCCUAACAAGAUUGCAAGAAAUCUCUAUGCCUAACAACCAACUUUCCGGGACAAUCAACAAGGUCAUUGUGAACCUUUCGGACCUCAUUAUCUUAGAGCUCCAUGUCAAUCAACUAAGUGGUGAGAUUCCUCAAAGUAUAGGGCUGCUUUCCAAAUUAGAGCAACUGCAACUCCACUCCAACAACCUCAACGGCAACUUUCCACCCUCUCUAACAAAAUGCACCAACCUCACCACUCUCCUCCUUCGCAACAACCUCCUCAACGGCCAAAUCUCCACUCUCAAUUUCUCCAAACUCCAACAUUUACAAACCCUUGAUCUCGGAAACAACACCUUCUCUGGUAAUAUCCCGGGCACCCUCUGCUUGUGCAAGUCCAUCACAGCAAUCCGGCUUGCCUACAACCAACUCAGCGGCGAAGUCCCUCCUUGUAUGGCCUCUCUCAAAUAUCUCAAACAGAUCUCCCUUACCGAAAACCACCUGUCCAACGUUGUGGGAGCCCUGAACACACUCAAACACUGCCAGGAUCUGGCAGUCCUCUUACUCGCCCGAUGCUUCCACGACGAGAGAAUGCCCAACGACGACCUGCUGCACCUCGACACCUUCAAGAACCUGCAGUUUCUGAGUCUAGGAGGGUGCAAACUCAAAGGCCCAAUUCCAGCAUGGGUAGGAUCAAUGCCAAGCUUGUACGUCCUCAACUUAACUCAAAACUCACUCACGGGAGAGAUCCCACGUGAGAUAACGCAGCUGCCGGCGCUGAUCUCCGACAACAGCAGCACAGACAUGAGCCAUCUCGUGUUGCCCUUUCUAUACGACAAUCUUCAGUACAACCAACUCUUCAACCUGCCACGCAGCCUGAAACUCGGGAGCAAUAGUCUCAGCGGCAGAAUUCCAACAGAAAUCGGGCAGCUGAAGCUCCUCCAAGUAUUGGAACUGAGCAACAACAAUUUGAGAGGCAGCAUUCCUGAGCAGCUGUCGAAUCUGAUAAAUGUGGAGAAACUGGACAUGUCAGGGAAUGAUCUGACGGGAGAGAUUCCGAAAUCGCUGACGAAGCUGCAUUUCCUGUCAGCAUUCAGCGUGGCGGAUAAUGAUCUGGAAGGGGAGAUUCCGAAGGGAGGUCAGUUUGAGACGUUUGGAAUUGGCGCGUUUGAAGGGAACACUAAACUGUGCGGUGAUGUGAUACACAGAAGCUGCGGCGGCGCGGUUGUGAUAAACAGGGCUAGGCCCGAUGCAGAAAAUGAUGGCGGGAGUAGAAGUAUUUGGUAUUAUAUGCAACUUCCUCUUGGAUUGGGAUAAUUUGUUGGAUUAGUUGGAGGUACUGCUCUACUCUUCUUCAAGAGUUGGUAGUCGAUUAUACUCCAUAUCAUAGUACUAUGUGUAUAUGCAAAUAAAUUACCACCAUUCUUUCUUGUUUAGGUUGGAAAUAUUACACACAAUCACACAAAUUAAUAAUGGAGGAUUUUUUUUCUUUAA